AUGGAAUUGGACAAUUGCAACAUGUUUCUGUUUAUGCAGAAGUGGUCGUUUUCUUGGAUUUUAUAUUAUUUUUCUUCCUAACCAUUUCUUAGUCGUGUUGUUACCAUUGUUUUUGAUGUUUUAUAAAGUAAAUGUUUUAUUAUUGCGGUUUUCAGGAUGACAGACGGUCCCUCGAAGUUUACUCUACCCCAACUCCAAGAGAACCCCGGAGGAUGGGGCCCAGCUCCGUUGGAGAGUUCGGAACCCAUGAAGCAGUUUAUCAACAUGCCAUUCCAACUCUUCAACAAGUGCGAUCGUGUUGGGCGAAUUGUCGAUUGGCUCGGUGUUGAUCGCUACAAGAAGAGUGAUACCCGUAAGUCUUUCGAUUUGUCUUUUCAGUUUAGAAUACGAAGCCAAUUGUCAUGGAUAAGACUUUUAUUAUGAUUGGAUUAUUUAUAGGCGAGCGCUACAACGAACGUAUGUAUGGAUCUUCUCAGAAUGCUGGAAGUCAAUUCGAUUACGUUCAUGACAAUGAGGAGUCCAACUUCCAAUUGGUUGAUUCAUCCAAGCCUCAGAAGCCGGCCCGACCUUAUCGCAGAACUCAACUUCCUUUCAGGAAAUUGUUGCAGAAGGAACAAGAAAGACGCGAUCAACAAUUCUACAACCAAAGCAACAAGACGAAGAGAAGUAUCGCCAAGUAUGUAGUACUGGAAUUUGUUUAUAUUAUACUUGUCAUUUUGCUAUCUAAAAUAAUAUUUUAGGGAACAAAACCGUGCCUACAAGCUCUGGCAGCGACGUGGUGGUAUGCGAAAUGGCCAACCCAGCCGAGGAAUGGCUGGCCGCCGUUAUGGAGAUCGUCAAGGUGGGAAAGGACGUCAACCAUCUGUUCAGGUUCGACCAGACUGGAAGAUCUUGUGGGAUUUGGACUUCCAAAGGCUCGCCAAGCUGUCCUUGCCCAACAUUGAAGGCCAAGACAUGUGAGUUCAUUUUCUUUUCCAUUUGCUUCGAUUUUUAGGUUAUGGAGAAUAUAAUUUUAUAUUUCUAGCAAGGGAGAGAACUAUGGUAUCCUUUAUUAUUACGAUAAGGCUCUCGAAAAGGUCACAGUGAAGAACGCUGUACCUCUUCAGAGAUGCGGAGGUAUCUUCUACAACACCACAACCACCGAAGAUCCCGUGAUUAUGAAGUUGGCGCAGAAGAACGAAGGAAAUGUUUUUGCUACCGACAUUAUUCUCGCUACCUUGAUGGCUUCUCAGCGAUCUGUCUACUCAUGGGAUAUUGUUGCCCAUCGUGUUGCGGAUAAACUGUUUUUGGAUAAGAGAGAUACUGGUGGAAUCUCCAACCCAGUUGGUAUGUUAGUUUACAUUAUUUUGUUUUAAGUUUAGGUAGUUUCAAGAGUUUGUCAAUACGGAAUUGCCUGUUUUAGACGCCCUGACUGUCAGCGAGACCUCCAUGGACCCACCUACCUGGGAUCCCUCGGUUCCUCAGAAUAAUGCCCAAGAUUUGGCCACGGAAGCCUUGUUUAUCAAUCAAAACUUCCGUCGUCAGUGUUUGAAGAGAUCCGAGAAACCUCUCAGCUUUGAUCAUGCUAGAGCUCCAUUCGAGGAUGAUUCUCCAGACGCUCGAGCGGAAUGUCUCUACAAGUAUCGAAAAUGGAAUUUGGGAACAACGGAGCAAGGAAAACCGAUCACUUUGGUUGCAAGAACUGAGUUGGACGGUGCUUUGGCCCCACCAUCGAAGGACAAGGAACCUCAGAAAUUGACUAUUAAGGCUUUCAAUGAGUGGGAUAGUGCUGUAAGUCGACUUUGGUGGUAUUUUUGAUAAGAUUUUAUAUUAAUUUAGGCAGUUGGUUGAUGAAAAUAAAAAUUUUUUGAUAUUUGGUUUUUUUUCAGCAAGCCGGUGGAGUCCGUUGGAGAGCCAAGCUCGACACCCAAAAGGCUGCUGUCUUGGCCACUGAGAUCAAAAAUAACGGCUGCAAGUUGGCCAAGUGGACUCUCCAGGCCAUCCUUGCCAACGCCGACUACCUGAAGUUUGGCUAUGUGAGCCGAGUGAACACCCGAAACAGUGCCCAGCAUGAGAUCCUAGGAAUGCAACAGUUCAGGCCACAAGAUUUCGCCAACAACAUUUCCUUGAACCUGGAUAACUCCUGGGGAGUUUUGAGAGUGAUCUGCGAAUUCCUCCUGAAGCAGGAACCUGGAAAAUAUUUGUUGCUAAAAGACCCGCUGCAACCUGUUGUCCGUAUCUACAGUCUUCCCGAGGGCACUUUCGAGUCGGAUGAUGAAGGCGACAGCGAAGAAGAGGAGGACGACGAUGACAAUUAA